CUGGUCUCGGUGUAAACAAGUCGCGGCGGCUGCGAACCCGGGCCGGGGGGGACGGCGCCCACCAGGAGCGCCCCCCACUCCCAGGCCAGGCCACCCCGGCGGACCGGGUUCCCGCGCGCCCAGGCGAGGUGAGGCCCGCAUCAUCAGGGGUGCGCGUCGCCCCGCGCCCCCGCCCUGACGGUGAGGACUGCCCCCUUCCCAGGCGCCCGCCCCCCACCCCCGCGCCCCAGGUGAGCCCUGGGGGUCUCAGGUAAGGCUCCGCGAUGCAGGUAAGAUCCCCCCCGGCAUAGACAAGGCCUCGGCGCCUCCAGGUAAGAUCCCCUCCCCACCCAGUUGACCCUCCACCUUUCAGUGAGGCCUCCUGCCUUCCCCAGGUGAGGGAUCCUCUCCCCAGGUGAACUCCCUCUACGUCCAGCGAAGUCGCCCCACCCCCCGCAGUUCCGAUGAGGUUCUAAGGACCAUACAAUUCCUGACCCCUCCGUGCUCCCCUUAAACGGAGAGCUGACAGUUCAUCCACUCUAGAGCCCCUUCCUCCAGCUUCAGUUGCCAGGUCAGCACGGGUGAGGCUGGAAGCAGGUGGAUGACUCAUCUGGGGCUCCUCCUAGCCUCAGUUUCCCCAUUGAUGCAACUCGAGGCCUCCUCAGUGAGUCAAAACUGAGCCGGCUCUGGCCUCUGGAGAGGCUGCUGGCUCUAGGGAGAGGAGACAGCAGCCAAGUGUGACAGAGAGAGUCCCCAUGGCCCAGGGCGUGCCUGCCUGUGUGUGGCCCAGGUCUUGACAGCCCCCUUGCUCCCUUCCCUGCAGGCACUGGGCUCCCUCUGCUCCCCGUGGGCCGCUCCCCGCGUGGGGCCACUGCCCCCGGCCCCCGCCAUGGUGCGGAUUUCAAAGCCCAAGACGUUUCAGGCCUACUUGGAUGAUUGUCACCGGAGGUAUAGCUGUGCCCACUGCCGUGCUCACCUGGCCAACCACGACGACCUCAUCUCCAAGUCCUUUCAGGGCAGCCAGGGGCGUGCCUACCUCUUCAACUCUGUGGUGAACGUGGGCUGCGGGCCAGCCGAGGAGCGGGUGCUGCUGACGGGCCUCCAUGCUGUCGCUGACAUCCACUGCGAAAACUGCAAGACCACUUUGGGCUGGAAAUAUGAACAGGCCUUCGAGAGCAGCCAGAAGUACAAAGAGGGGAAGUACAUCAUUGAACUCAACCACAUGAUCAAAGACAAUGGCUGGGACUGACCCUGGCUCCUGACGCCUGUGGCUCCAGCCCGGCCUGGCCGCCAGGGGGCGCCACGGGCUUGCCUCCAUCCGAAGGGAGCUCUGGACCUCAGGGCCCCUGCCGAGGAAGGAUCCUGUACAUAUAUUUUAUUGCAUGCACUGUGACCUUGGUGGGAGAUCAGAAGGUGGACAAGGUGGACGACACCCCCGCACCUCCCUGCGAUCUGGCUGGCUUGGAUCUCGUUUUUAACCCCUUCCUGCCCUGCCUGCCCUAUAGACAUGGCCUGUGUGCUGCUCUCUUGGCCCCAGUGCGCCAUCUGCCCUGUGAACUUCUCCUCCCACCGGGCCCCUCUUACCCCACGCGUGUCUGCUCCCCUUGUUCUGUAGCGUUUGUACAUAAUAAAACAAUGAAGUGGAGACA